CGAUCGGUCGGGCCAACAGUCAGCCUCCAGUGAGCCAAGCAAGCUCUCUUUCCCUCCCUCACGCUCCCCCGUCACAUAUACAUGCACACGGUCACACACAAAAACGCAGUUACACACACACACACACACACACACACAUACACGUACAUUCUCUUACUCUCUCUCUCCGCCAACAUCCUGCGAGAGUCUUCAUCCACCGAACGACACGAGAGGGAGUUCGAGUUCCUGGCUCGUCCCUCACGGCUGCAGUGCGUUUCCAAACACUCAUGAGACAACCUCGAACUACUCGCACGCACGCACACAUGCACACGGUGUUGAAGAGACACGAGGACAAGACGAUCGAAACGUUCCCGAGGCUCCUUAUAAUUAGUGCUAAGAAGUCGACAAGUUGGCCGCCGGACAGCCCGUCACGCGACUGUGUCACUAAAUUAAUACAAAUUUAUUUUUUUCCCUCCUCUGCUUUCCGUCUGUCGUAUUAAUUGUCUGACAUAUUAUCUCUGUCAGUAUCCGUGAGAUAUCCAAAUGAUGCGAAAAGCCUCCACUCGCAAACUAGACUGUUCGAGUAAAAUGUGCUGACUAGGACUGAGAAGUUAUACGUGUGCGUUGGAGAGAUCUGAUGAGACCAAUCGUGCUCCUAGUCGAAGUGCGCGAAUCAAAUCUCGUCUCAAUAAUAUCAUUUUGCAACGUAUCCGAUUCGUAACUUUGUUUUUAGUGCUAGAGUGCUUGAAACAUAGAAAAAGACAAAAAUAGAUCUUUAGGAAUUUUAAAGACGCGAUGUUAAGAAUAUAGUGUUAUCAUAAGAUUCAAUUGAAGAUUUUUACGUGUCUCACGGCUUAUAGAUUUGUGUUCCUGGUACAGAGAAAGGAAACUUACGUAUACGGAAAUAACGAUUCUUAUAGAAGAUAAGACGUGUUCUGUCAGAAGCGAAAUGUCUCAGGUGAAAGCAAAUCUCCGAUAUUAUCAGAACCGAAGAAAAAGGUAGCAGUAUUAGAUCAUCAAACGGAGAUCUCUCAAAUCAAAGGCAGUUGAGUAGCAUCAACUUGAAAAAAGUUAAGAAUUAUCGACUACUUCCACGUUGCGAGAUAGAAAAGAUCUCAUAUCUCUUAAAUCGAAUAAAACAAGUUUGCAAGGAGAAAUUGGAGAAGGAUCUUUUCCCCCCACACCAAGAGCCGCCAAAUUCAGGAAAUAGUUUGAAAGGAUUCAAAAGAGGUCCGACAGAUAUUAUAAGUUAUUACUGAAAAUCUGAAUAUAUCGAAGCAUCUCGCUGCGAGACCAACAGGCGAUGGUGAAAUAGACAUUUUCGUGUUAGUUCUCUAUCGUUACCGAAGCUGCAAUAUUUUAUAACAAACUAACGUAUAUUGUUAAAAGUUGUAAGUGAACUUAUGAAUGGAUUUACUUAAUCCAAUGACUUAGUGCUCCAUGAAAGAGGGUUAGAACGAGAGACAAGGAAACGGGAUACAUUAUCGCGGUGUAAUGAGCAUCGAUUACAGCGGGAACAAGCUCAGCCAACGAAAUUGGUUUCGCAAAUUAAAUUAUAGUUUGAUCCGGAAGACUAAUUCCCAGCGAAAGACAACGGCCUCCGCGAAAACGAGCCGAGAGGACGAGGAAGAGCGCGUGUGGAGGCAAUUACGUAUUCGACAGCAAUGGCAUUAUCCUGAAACGGGCAUGACGCCCUUGGCCUCGAGAUGCGACGAGACCACCACCCUCCUACUGUUGCUGCUACUCGAGCUGGCACCCGGAGCACGUUGCUAUUCGCGCGCGGCUGCAACCUCCGCUUCGUCCUUACCGAGAUAGCAUCUACAGUCCCCGGCGA